CACUGGUGUGUUGUGGUUCCGGGAGGCUGACUCUUCCUUUUUCCCUCCCAGGUCUCUGCCCGCGCGGAGGGAUCCAUGUUGUGCGGCGGCCAGGACGCUGUGAGGUAGUUGUGAGGAAAGUUUGUGGCGCCAGAAUUGAGAUUGGCGGCCGAUAGUUUGCUGGGCGAGUCAUGGUGCGGUUACGGAGCACCAGCGGGCCGGGCAGGCCUCCCAGUUACCGGGAGGAGGAGGACGAGGACUCCCUGCUGGACUGCAGCGCGGACUUCCUCACACUGCCGGCUGCCGAUAAGAAGGGCGGCCGGAGCUCGCUGAGGCGGCGGCGGAGUGGGACUCAGUCUGAGGCGGACAAGCCGGGCAGUGAGGUCAGUACCGAGCCGGGGGCAGUGAGGUCAGUACCGAGCCGGGGGCAGUGAGGUCAGUACCGAGCCGGGGGCAGUGAGGUCAGUACCGAGCCGGGGGCAGUGAGGUCAGUACCGAGCCGGGGGCAGUGCUCGCUCAUGGCGGAGAUCGGCCUCACUGGCUGAAUGGCACCUUAGUGGGAGUCUCACCUGAGCAUCAUGGGAGCUGCAGUCCUCUUCAAUCCUAAUGGCAAUGUUCGAGCUGGCACCAUGGGAGUUGGAGUCCUAAACAUUUUACAUUGCCAGUGUCUGGCUGGGAAUUGUGGGAGCUGACAUCCUCUGUGUUCAGGUAGCCAGUGUCUGGCUGGGCAUUGUGGGAGCUGACAUCCUCUGUGUUCAGGUAGCCGGUGUCUGGCUGGGCAUUGUGGGAGCUGACAUCCUCUGUGUUCAGGUAGCCGGUGUCUGGCUGGGCAUUGUGGGAGCUGACAUCCUCUGUGUUCAGGUAGCCGGUGUCUGGCUGGGCAUUGUGGGAGCUGACAUCCUCUGUGUUCAGGUAGCCGGUGUCUGGCUGGACAUUGUGGGAGCUGACAUCCUCUGUGUUCAGGUAGCCGGUGUCUGGCUGGGCAUUGUGGGAGCUGACAUCCUCUGUGUUCAGGUAGCCGGUGUCUGGCUGGGCAUUGUGGGAGCUGACAUCCUCUGUGUUCAGGUAGCCGGUGUCUGGCUGGGCAUUGUGGGAGCUGACAUCCUCUGUGUUCAGGUAGCCGGUGUCUGGCUGGGCAUUGUGGGAGCUGACAUCCUCUGUGUUCAGGUAGCCGGUGUCUGGCUGGGCAUUGUGGGAGCUGACAUCCUCUGUGUUCAGGUAGCCGGUGUCUGGCUGGGCAUUUUGGGAGCUGACAUCCUCUGUGUUCAGGUAGCCGGUGUCUGGCUGGGCAUUGUGGGAGCUGACAUCCUCUGUGUUCAGGUAGCCGGUGUCUGGCUGGGCAUUGUGGGAGCUGACAUCCUCUGUGUUCAGGUAGCCGGUGUCUGGCUGGGCCUGGUGUCUGGCUGGGCAUUUUGGGAGCUGUUGUCCUCUACAUCUCCCACAAUGCCCAACCAGACACUGGCAAUCUGACCGUAGAGGACUACAACUCCCACAGUGCCCAGCCAGACACUGGCAAUCUGACCGUAGAGGACUACAACUCCCACAGUGCCCAGCCAGACACUGGCAAUCUGACCGUAGAGGACUACAACUCCCACGGUGCCCAGCCAGACACUGGCAAUCUGUGUUCAGGUAGCCGGUGUCUGGCUGGGCAUUUUGGGAGCUGACAUCCUCUGUGUUCAGGUAGCCGGUGUCUGGCGGGGCAUUUUGGGGGCUGUCUUCUCUGUGUUCAGGUUGCUGGUGUCUGGCUGGGCAUUUUGGGAGCUGUCUUCUCUGUUCAGAUUGCUGGUGUCUGGCUGGGCAUUUUGGGAGCUGGUGUCUGGCUGGGCAUUUUGGGAGCUGUUGUCCUCUACAUCUCCCACAAUGCCCAACCAGACACUGGCAAUCUGACCGUAGAGGACUACAACUCCCACUGUGCCCAGCCAGACACUGGCAAUCUGACCGUAGAGGACUACAACUCCCACAGUGCCCAGCCAGACACUGGCAAUCUGACCGUAGAGGACUACAACUCCCACGGUGCCCAGCCAGACACUGGCAAUCUGAACAUAGUCCUCUACAGAUUGCCAGUGUAUGGCUGGGCAUUGUGGAAGCUGUCAUCCUCUACCAUCAGAUUGCUAGUGUCUUGCUGCGCUUUGUGGUAGCUUGCAGUCUUGCAAUACAUGGAGGGAAAUAUGAUGGGCAGUCUGGCGUUGCUGUGAUUAUGAUAGGCUGCAGUGACCAUCCCCCGGUUCUGCGUUAAACCUUGUUUACCUGGAACAAUCAUGGCCUCAUUCAAAUUUGUGUCCUUUCAAAUGCAGUCUUUACUAUAUUGCCAUUUCAUUUUGUUCCAUAUUUGCACUGGGUUGACAAGCUUACAUGCUCCGUCACAUGCAUUUACUAUUACCUGCCACAGGUGCAUCAGGAUCCCCUGCUUUUGGUUAAACUGCUCAAAUUUUCAGCAACAACUGGAGUAUGGUAUUUGUACUUUUGAUAUUUGUUUAAUACAGAGCAAUGUUUACAUCUGGAUUUUAUUUUUUUCUUGAAUGCAUGUAUUUUUAUAAACUAGCUUUAUAGUUAACAGUAACUUAUCUUAAAGUAGUUAUGGUGCGAAGACCCUAACUUUUCUUUAAAAAAUGCUUAAUACAUUGGACAAGCUGCUCAUGGCUGACUGUUGCAAAGCUCUUGUUGGCCCUCUCGCUAGAAAUGAACUGUCUAGCUACCUGUUAAAGAAAAGGGUGAGGAGGGUGUGUUUUUCGACCACUUCCAUUCCUAUUUGCCGAGGGAUAAAAACACAAGUCUUUGUUUAAAUCUUGUGCCCCAUCAAAGAGUGCAAGAAGUUGCCUAUCUGUGCUGAACUACAACUCUUAUCACACACAGUAAAACUCUGGCUGGUUAAAAUCAAAAUACGCAUCUGAUGUAAUAUAUUGUGUAGUGCCAAAAUGUUGUGCACUUUGUCCUGAGACAAACUGGUACUAAAGUAGAUAAUGAGAUCAUUUUGUUAGAGCUUCAGAAUUAUUUCAGCAAAUUUUAAUAAAUGGGGGGGGGGGUGAAACAGAUUACUUAUAUGGAUUAAAAAGUAGUCUGUGUGUAUAUACACAAAUCUUUAUUGAGCAAGAUAGAUUACAUGGCAUAAACCAACCAAUGAAUGCAGCAAAGACAAAACAAAUAUAUCAAGUCAUUGGUGCAAGGAUCUCUUAUGUGUUUGUUUUGUCUUUACUGAAUUUUCUUAGAUUUAUGGAUUUGGGGAGUUAAUGCAAAAGUAUUUUAAUCGACACGUAACUAAUGCAUAUCCCUAAUAUACCACUUUCCCUUUUUUGAACUGGGGCAGCAACUUGCCCAUAAUCUGUUAUAUAUUGUCUUCAGUUGAUUCAAUAUAAUUGAUUGUAUUACAAUAACAGUAUAUAUAGCAGGACUUUUCUAAAGCCUAAAAUGAACAACAAAUACCUGAAGAAGAAUCACCAACACUGUGAGGGUGACAUCACAGAAAAAGUAAAUCCCCCGAAAGAUGUUAAAUGAGUGACAUCACAGCUACCAAUAGUAGUAUAGUAAGACAAGUAACAGAAGAAAUUAAGCUGCUGCCCCAGUCAUAGAAAUCGUAUCAGGAAGGUGUAAUAAUUGUAAUAACUUUAACUUUUGGUGUUUUUCCAUUUACUCUAUAAAAGGAUCCCAAGCUUAUUCUGCGUCUCUGGUGCUGGUGACUUGAUUCCCGAACAACUGCACUAUAAGAACUGACACACAAAAUAAGAUGAAGCAUUGCUUGCUGUGCCAAUUUAUUGGGAAUAGUGCAGACACGGAGCAAUACAACUAAAAUAAAAGCAAAGACAUGUAUACAAAAGAAAAGCAUUUGGCUGCACUCUUCCUAAUUGUCACAACAAGGAACGCUUCAUCUCAUCUUGUAUGUAAGUUGUUUUGUGUGCAUUUUUUUUUUUAACAUUCAUUAAUUAGUAAAUUGAGAAACCAGUGAGCAAGCAUCUUACCUGUCCUAAAGUAAUAAGUAUCACAAUAAAGGAAAAUGGAAACAAAACAAUCAGAGAUUAUGUAUUCCGAAAUAAUGCAAGAGUUAAACAAUACUGUACUGUAUAAGUAGACUUGCAAAACUCUGAUACACAUGUAUCUAACUACAGUUUCUGGAGGAGGAAACUGAAAGUUAACAUGAAAGCAAUGUAGUACAUAUUACUUUAAGAACAGAGCACUGAUAGGCUGUAAAAGGCCUGCUAAACGCAUGAUUAGAGAGGUUCAUUUGUAAAAAACAAAACACAAAAAAAAACUUUUUUUCUUACAGAAAGGGCUAAUUUAAUUAGCAAUCAGGACUUUUAUAAAUGUGUUUGACACCCCCUUGGCUUUCAGACAACCUGUCCUUUUACUUCCUGGUUGCAGCUCAGUGGAGCUAAACUCAAGAAGCAGCAAUUGUCCAGAGCACCUGCCUUGCAAAGAAUUCCCAUUGAGCUGCAUUGGGAAGUCUGUGAUUAGACUGCCACAAAGUCUGAACUGGGGAAAAAGUGGAGGGCUUGCAAAGACUGCAAACAAGGGAUCUGCAGGUUUUGCAAGCUAUUUUUAGAAGUAUUUCAUUUAUAGUAUAUCUGCUGAACAGUAGUUUUUAUUUGGGUUGUGGAGUGUUUCUUUGUAUAUUCAUUACUUUUUUUAACAUAGUUUCCCUUUGAAGCUUUUCUUGUUUACCUGCCUUUUGAAUACUUGUUUGUCUUGAUAUGUUUACAUUUGACUUGCAUGACUCAUUAAGUUAUGUAUAAAAAGUGACUUUUUCUGAAAAGUGUUGCAUACAUGGAAAAGGGAUGAAAUCACCAGUGCAGUGUGCCUGCUUGUUCCCUUCGUUUCCAUGGUGACUGCCAAACUUUCAGUACAUUAGAGCACUUUUCAGAACACAGCACCUUUCAUACAUAACCUUUGUUGUAUUUAUACAAUAAGUUGAUAAAUCGGGUGUUUUGGAAUGAAAUAUGUGAAAUUGAUGAGCUACCUUUCUACUUUCUGCAAUCUUUUGUUUUAUUCACAAGGGCGGUAUUUAUUGGAAAAUUUAGCCCUGUCAAGGAUGCUCUGUGUAUGUAUACAUGAGUGUGUAGUAUGCACAUUGCCAGACCUAGGCUGUAUGGGCAUGUCCACUGCUUCUCGUAGAGGAGUUGUGGAUAUGCUUAGUGUUAUCCUGAUGUGUGUAGACACACCAAACAUAAAGACCUACGAAAACUGAAACUUUUCAAUGAGGAAGACGCUAGAGGUGUAGUUUAAAAAAAAAUAAAAAAAUUUUAACGUUGCGGUUUCUCUGGAACAUUAGCUAUGCACCAAAAACACUACUUUAAGAUGAUGUGGUUUUGAUGAUUAGGGUGACCCUUAAAGGAACAAUCUAGGAUCAAAAACAUGUAUUCCUGACCCUAUAGUAUUAAAAACAGUCUUGCCCCUAUAUAUUAAAACCUUAACUUUAUUCUAGGCUGCUGGUGCUGGCUUUGCCCCGAUCCGCCUCUUUGGCUGAAAUAAUCAAAAUAGAUUAUCACAGCCAGUUGCAUUGCUUUGAAUUGGCUGAGUUCUUCAGUUUUGAUUACCUCAGCAAAGAGGUGAGGAUGGAGCCAAACACCAUCCUGGCCAAUCAGCAUCCUCAUAGAGAUGUAUCGAAUCAAUGCAUCUCUAUGGGGAAAGUUAAGCUUACCCAUGCAGAGUGUGGAGACUCUGAACGUCAGGGCUUCAUGCUGUUUAGCACUGACCCAGGAAGCGCCUCUGGCCGUCCGAGGAGAGGCCACUAAAGAUGUUCCUAAGAUGUAAUCUAAACACUGCCUUGUCUCUGAAAAGGCAAUGUUUAUAGUAAAGAGCCUGUAGUUCUGGUGACUAUAGUGUCCAUUUAAAGACACAUCUAUCUAGAAAAAAAAAAUAUGGUAACGACAGUCAGAGAAAAGAUGGGUGUGGGGAGACCAACAAAAUGUAGUGGUUCUUAGGAUCAGAUGGUAGGUUUUUAAAAAUGUAUUAUAUAGAGUACCGCUAAACAUUUUUGGGAUAUAAAUAAGUCAGACUGGUGCUUUACAAUUCCCCGCAGGUAGAACUCCCUGUGACCAUUUUCAUCCAGUUACUUUAAUAUAGUUUUUGUUUUCAGUUGAACGCAUGUAUGUGUUAAAAUUAAAAUAAAUAAUUUGUAUUUCUCCCUUCUUUUCUUCUUAGGGUCCAUUAUCCGAUAAGGAAGAUAACCAUGGUCUUCACUCUUUACAAAAAAAACAAAAUGGACAUAACUAUUCUGAUUCAAGUAUGGAGAAGAAAAAUACAGACAAUAUAAAUAAUACUGAAGGCAAAAGGUUUACUAGGUAAUGUGAAUAGAUAAUGAAUUGAUGUAUAAGAUUUGGUGUUGAACUCUAUUGCUAGACACAAUUUAAUGUAACAUUCUUUAAAUGAAAGAAACACAAACAAGUAUUCUUGACCCUAUAGUGUUAAAAACUCCCCCACCCCCAAUAUAGCAAAAUCUUACCUUUUUUUCCAGUCUGCCUAUUCUGGCUCUGCCCUGGUCUGUCUGCUUGGCUGACAUAAUCAGAAGUGGUGUUUUGAGCCAAUCACGAUGCUUUCACAUUUGAUUGGCUGAGCUUGUGAAGGGGGCAGAGCUAGCACAAGCCAAACACAGCCCUGACCAAUCAGCAUCUCCUAACAGAAAUGCAUUGAAUCAAUGCCUCUCUAUAAGGAAAGUUUGUCUCCAGGGAAAAAGGGUGGAGACACUGAAAGUCACUGCCCCAGGAAGCACCUCUAGUAGCCAUCUGAGUAGUGUCCAGUGGAGGGAGGUAUCCCUAGGCGGUAAUGUAAAUACUGCAUUUUCUCUGAAAAGACAGUGUUUACUGCAAAAAGGCUGAAGGGAAUAAUUAUACUAACCAGAACAAAUACAAUAAGCGGCAGUUGUUCUGGUGACUUUAUAGUGUCCCUUUUAUGUAAAAGUAAAUCAGAAAAACAAAUGUUUGAGCUUUACCCAAGCAACAAACUCUUUUCUUUUUCAAAAUUCCAGUACACAAAGCCCUAAACUCACCCAUACUUGCCUAAAAAUCACCCUUUCUUCAACUCAUCAGCAGAGCAAUCUGAAGAAACAAAAAGGCUAUUUAAAGUUUUUAAACUGUGGCAUUACUUCUGUGUGAAGACAUGGUUUGCUACUUUACAAAACACUACUAUUCAAAGUGAUAAUUUCAUUCUGUGAUUGGGUAUCGGAUAGUCAAAUGUCAUGAGGCAAUUGAUCUGGCAGAUACCAGUGUUCAGUAAUUUUAAAAUUUUAUUUGAGAACCAAGAGUCUAGAAUUUGUCAAGUCCGAUGUUUAUCUAAAUCUUGAGAAAUUCGUUCAGUUCGUACAGUGAAUAUGUGCAACUAUAUUUUGGUUGUUUGCUUUAUGUAUGACUUUAUAUUUAUUUUUUUUUUCUUUCAUGUGUUUAGGAGACUGGCUAAACUUCAAGCUGACACCAGUAUGAAUGGGGAGUGCAAAGAAGGUACAGAAUUUUAUGCAAAGUGGUCACUAUGCAUUUACUUUUCGUGUAUUCUAUAUUUUAUAAUUUUUGUGAAUGUAUAAAUCUGCUUCUUUAUAUAAUGUAUACCAACAUAGUUGUGUGUUUUUUGCUUCGGUUUAAGAACUAAAACUUUAAAAUCAAACCUUAAAUCUUAAGUUGCUUAUUCUGAAUGCUUAAACAUGAAUAUGUAUUUUGUCCCUUCCUGUAUCCCAACUAAAUAACUGACCACUUUUUUAAAGUAUCAUAAAAUUGUCACAUUUUCACAGAAGUUUAUCCACUCUGCUGUAUAUUUCAUGACUUUUGUAAUAUAAAAUUACUGAUGCACAGGCACACAGUAGAAUCUGUUCAACCCUUGGGUCGCAGGUUCGAAUCCCAGCAGGGUUGACUUAGCCCUUCAUCCUUCCGUGGUAGCUAAAACAAAUACCAAUAAAUUGGGUAAUAGUAACCCCUGGAUGUUGGGCUAAGGUAACAUCCCCAGGACGUACUUGAAAACCAGAGUAAUCUGAAUGUGCCUUUCAUGGUUAAAUACUUUAUUUUUAUUAUUAGCCUGCCCAAGGCAAAAUGAUAUAGAAUAGCCUCCACAAAAUGGGAGUUACAGCUUGGGAUUGUAUACCCUUUCUGCUUUGAUUCAAAAGCUUAUACUGGAGUGAGGGAAUGAAGAACUGUCAUCUCUUUUAAAGACUAAUCACUUAAUGGUAUAUCCUAAAACAACCUUCUUUUAUUAAACUUAUUUAACAAAUGUAAGGUCCUAUCCAGCUGAAAAUGCAACAUAUUCAGGACACUUGAAACUACCACAUUGUGUUUGGGGACCACAUUGUGACUGUUAAGGACUUAAUCCCAAUCCUUUUCCCAGAUGAACUAGUGGAAGACAAGCCAGUAAGGAGAACAAGAAGUGCCGACAAAGCCGCCUUGCAUGAAGUUAAUGGGGAUGUUGAGGUUCGCCGAAGUGGCAGAAUUAGAAGAAGUCGAUACAGUACCACCAAUCAAUCUGUCUUGUUCGACAAAUUAAUAACAAAGUAGGUUUUAUAUAUUCAGUUUUUUGUAAAUAUUUUACAGUGCUAUAAAGUUUUUUUUACUGCAGUGAAUUUGUUUUGCACAUUAUGAAUCUAGUGAUUUGUCUGUCCAGCUUUGGAUGGUAAUAUAGUACUGGGAGCAGGGUAGCCCAGCAUUCUUAGGAUGUGAUUGCAAUCCAGGGUUGCAUGGACUUUCACUGAUAAUAUGCGGCUGCAACAUUUGACCGCACAGUGGACAUGUGAGCACCAGUUUCUGCAAAACCAGACAGAAAAUAAGAUAAUGGUACAUUUAUACAAUUAAACUACUUUCUGCAACUUUUUUUCCCCUAGCACCGCUGAAGCUGUUCUGCAAAAAAUGGAUCACAUGAAAAAAAUGCGUCGCCGCCGUUUGCGGGAACUUGAUGAUCUGGGUGUGUUCAAUGACACAGAAGAGGUAAUUCUGCACUAAUGGAACCAAUUUUUUUUUUUUUUCUUUUUUUUUUUCUGCGUUUGUAGGUUAAUAAAUUAAGAUAUAAAUAAUAUUGUUUCCUCUAUCUAAUUUGGCAUCCAGAAAUGGGUGGCAAAUGAUAUCCCACAUUUACAUACAUACUCUAUUGUGUGAAGCAGCUUGUUGGCUUAGGUGGAUGCAAUUGUAGGCUUUACUGUUAUGCCUUAGCUAUUUGAUAAUGAUAUUUGAUCGAGGUAACAAAAUAGUAAUCGUAAAAAGUAAUUUGCUUUCAACAUUGCACAUGAAGCAACACUAAAGAAUACAAACAUUUGUUCCUUGCUCUAUAUGGUUCUGCAUAGGGAAGCAUUGGACCUCCAGUGCAUGUGUGUGGCAUAUUACUGCAUCAAUCAAAUGCUCUCUAGUAGGAUAAUUUAAAUGAGAACUGUGUUUGAGUCUGUUAUUAGAGGAAGUGUCUCUGGCAGAAAUAGAGCCCACUAAAAGUGUGCAUAACCCUGGAAGGGAAAUUUUUUUUUUUUUUCAAAAUUGCAAUGUUUCACUUCUUUGAGAUAAAGUGGUCUGGGUGCUUCUAGUGGUCCUUUAAUUCAGCAUAAGUACUGUACAUCACAGUGAAGUUCUUAUACUUUAAGAUUUUAAGACUUUACAUAAUGUUUCCAUGGAGCUCUUGUACAAAUUUUUAUUUCCAAAUGUCAUUCCUUAAAUUAAUGUUCUCAUAGGGGUGGGUCUAUGACAUUCUAUAACUGCCACUUGCUGCACUUGUGUCAAGUGUAUAUGAAUUGUAUGUCAAUAUUAGCUUGAUGUCUUGUAUUUCUGAAACAUGGCACCACAGGGUUGUGUGUAUUUUUAAAAAAAAAAAAUAAUUAAAAUUUUCUCUUUUUUUUUUUUCUUACUAGGAGAAUGUGGACAUGUAUUCUCGGGUUAAACGAAAACGCAAUGUUCCAACACUUGACGAGGAAACGGAUAAUCAAGAGGAGAGUGGAGGUAGCUCUUUAGUUUAGCUACAGAAUUUGCUGAUCCACCUCCUUUUCUCCCCAGCGUGAACUUGUUCAUUAGAUUACAACCAGCUGAACUAAGAGUUAAACAAAGGGACAGACCAUCCAGUGGCCACUUAUUACUGGGGGGAGGAGUUAGAUUCAGGCUGUGUGCUCCAGCCAUGUACAAAACCAAAGGCAGCCUUCACUUGUAGAUGUGCUAGUAAAAAGACACUGUGCUUAUGACGAAUGCAAAAGUUGCACAAAAUUGUCAUAGCAGUCUUGUUCCAUUCGAGCUGACUGCUUCUGCAGGUCGAGUAUCUCUAGGUAGAGUUUGAAGCAGCAAUGCUGGACGUACAGUCCCUGCAGUAUAACCACUCCAGCAAGUAGAUGUGGUUAUGGUGCUUGGAGAGUAACCAUGUUUAAUUUACAGAAUCCUCUGAAGAGGGAGAAGACCAAGAAGAUGAGGAUGGAGAGGAAGAUAAUCAAAAACGUUAUGAGCUUCGGCAGAGGAAAGCGGUUGUGCCAUAUCAGGCGCCUUUAUCAGGUAUAUGUCUGCAUAGUUUAUAUUCAAGUAAUUGUUUUGUUUUAUUUUCCCUCUGAGUAGAAAUAUUGGUAAACUGAUGCUUAAUAUAUAUUUUUUUCCCAGUAGAUUUAUAUAAAACUCUGUACCUAAUCUUAAGGAGAAGACAGGGUAUAUUUUAGAUACGAUUGUGCCUGGCUUCUUAUUCUACAAUGGUUUUUAUACCCUUACUGGAAUUGCUGUGAAACUUGCUUUUAAGAAUUGUUUUCUGUUUCAAAUGGAAAAUAGACUACAAAAGUUUGUUACAUGAAAACCUUUACAUGUUCAUCCAUGCACAUUUGCUGCUCUGACACUAUAUUUUUGCCUAUCCUGUUUUUUUCCCCUGUGCAUAAAUUGGCUGCAAUAAUUUCUUUUCUGACCAAGUACAAUGUAUUUUCAACCAGAACCUAGACACCAUAAAAAGCCCAGGAUGUUUUACACAAGUGCAGGCUCUCCAGCAAGACGAAGAUAUCGCUUCGGUUCUGCAGGUCCUAGAAGUCCUUUCUGCAAACGGCGACUUAACAGGUUUGUAACUAACAUUUUAAACGGCACAUUUCCCCCAUCCCUCCUCUCCUCCUUGGAUCUCAAAACAUUCAGUAUAUGCUCUGUUUAACUGAAUUGGCAUCUGUUGAAGAUAGGUGUAUUUCAGGUAACUGGAUGGCAGGUUUUUUGUGGAUGUUAGUGGGAGAACUGCUAUUCCUUUGCCAGAAUUAAGUUUCUGUUAAGAGUCAAGCUCUAUAUUGUGUUCACCUCAGAAGGACAUACAAUUGAAUUAGUCUUUCCAGUUAUAUAACCUGCAGCCCUUAAAUUUCUUUUUACAGCUAAUGCAUUAAUCAACGUAGUGCUUUCAAAUUUGCACACAUAUGCUUGCUUGUACAUGUAAAUAGUAUCUCCUUGUGAAACCAAGUUAACUCAACAAAAGUAUUUCCUUCUGGCUUUAAAUUCACUCUCACUAAUUUUGGCCUUGGUUCAAUAUUUUUGGAUAUGCUUUUCAAAUGGUUUAAAACUGACGUGUGCAGAGCAAAUUAUAACUGGUGUUACCUGACCUUCUGUUAAUGGGUUAUUCAUUUUUAGAAGGCGACAUGCAAUCCACAGCAGUGACUCUACAUCCUCAUCCUCAUCGUCAUCUGAUGAUGAACAACAUUUUGAAAGACGUGUGAAUCGGAGCCGCAACAAGGCAAUCAGCAGGUAUGUCACACAAUAUAUAUAUUCUCAAGUCACUGACAUCUCAGUCCUUGUAAGAUGACAGUGAGUGAGGGUUCAGCAUGCAAACUCCACUGCAUUUAAUUGUGCUGCUCAUCUCCAACAGCUAGCUUUAUCAUUGGAGUUCCAUGAAGUGUUUAUUUUUUUUUAUUUUUUUUGUGGUAAAAACCCAUUGCAUUGUUAAAAUAGUUUGAUAAGACUUGCAGUACAGUCAAUGAGAACACCUCAGUGAAAAAAGGAACUUACAGUUUUCAGGUUUUUUCCAACAUAACUUUGUUGCGUAAUGCUUGUCAGCAACUGGGCUCAAACACUACCUUUUAGUGGUUGCUUUCUAGUAUGUUUCAGCAAUAAAUAGACCUGUUGUUCAUUUAUGUAGUUUGUUAGUCAUUCUUUCUUUGAGCAUAAUUGAAUUUACAAUUUUGAGGUUGGGAAACUGUUCGAAUGUGAUCUUUGUCAAAUCACAAACUGCUGAUAAAACCGUUCGGUGGCCAUUUUUGUUUCCCAAUUGAUGAUUUAAGUGUUUUCCAAAGGUUAACGGGAAUGUUUAUAUAUGUUCUUUUUUUUUGCUUUUGUCUAAGGUGCCUACCAUUAAAUAUGCAGCGAGAUGAUCUCAAAGGUGUUCACAAAGAACGUAUGAGAAUUGGCGCAAGCUUGGCUGAUGUAGAUCCAAUGCAGUUAGAUACAUCUGUAAGUUUGAAAAGCACAAAUGUGGGUUACGACUUCUUGCUAAACAAAGCUGAUGAGAUAUAAAAGUGGAUGUAUGUAAUGAUUAAUCCCAGAACACUGUUAUAAAGGUGCAUUGCGUUGGUUUCCAUGAGUAUUGCUUCCAUUCAAUUACCACAAAAUAGUUUUUGAAAAAGGGGUGGGGGUGCAAGCAGAAUGUGCAAUAUACAGUGCUGUUGGAACUUUUAGGGUAAAACAAUUGUGCAUUUAUUCCAAUAAUUAGUGAAAAAUGUCAUGGGUAGGAUAAUCUUAUAAAUGAUUUCAGUGAUGAACAUUAAAGUGACUGUCAGAUUCUGGAAGCUUUACAUAUUUUGCUUGAAGUGCGGUGACUGCAGGGAAAGGGGAGUUUAACUUGCCUACACCUGUCCCUCAAAACCACAGCUAGCUUUAGCCAUUUAUUUUCAGCUCCUGGUGCUUAAUCCUCCUGGAGACCACAUCAAUGUUGUACUCUUGAACAUGUGAGAGAUUAUAACACUGCGGUGUAUGGAGGAGAACGCUGGAGCCUCCGUAGACAAUGCCUUUUUUUUUUUUUUCUUACAGUAGUCUGUAGUGACGGCUGGAGGAAAUGACAAAACGUGCCGGUGCUAUCUACACCUUUUGUCAGGCAUAGGCAAUAUACACAAGAGUCACACCUACUUUCUUUUAGUAAAUCUUUUGUUAAAAACUCAGUAAAAUUACACCGCUAUCAAUGUGAGUAAUGAAGUAUUUUUCACAUAAUUUCUCAAAUCUAACCAUAUCAGUCCUAUUUAAAGGUUUAAUUAUUUCAGUAGCAGUUUGAUUUUCACACGGUUAAGGUCUCCUCAAAUAAAGGGGGGGCUCAGAGGGUGUAUUCCAGGUUCCUUAGCGCUAUGUAAGCAUCUUAACAAUUUCUUUCCACUUUUCUUUAGGUGAGAUUCAGUAGUAUUGGAGGAUUGUCUAGACAUAUUGCUUCUCUUAAAGAAAUGGUGGUUUUCCCUUUACUCUACCCUGAAAUCUUUGAGCGAUUUAAAAUACAACCUCCCAGGUAUGAACUUAUUUUUCUUUUGUGCUGGUGUUUUCAGUAAAUAAGCUCAUACAAAUGUAAAGAACAUGUUGUUAUAUUACUUUGCUAUAUUUAGGCUUUUUUUUUUUUGUAUGUCCCCUUAUACACCUAUAAUAUAAAUAAGUAAUACACCCUAAAAGCGGUCACACAUAAAAUACUUGGCACAACAGGAGGAAUACAGGUCUAGCAGAACGACCUAUAAAAGAUAAAUGGGAAAAUGCUCACUGUAUAUGUAAAACAUACAUAAAAUCAAAAGGAAUCAAAGUCCCAAAGGAUAGCAGCUGACGCAUUUUGACUCGGACGUCUUCCUCAAUGCAGUCAGUUUGUAACUGAGAGCCAACACAGUCUAACCAUCCUCUUCAGCUACUGCAAGAUUGAUGUGGCCUCCAUAAGCAAUUCAUUUUUCCUCACAGCUAUCCCUAUUGAUGACUGGGUGGGGUGGGGGGGAAGGCAAAAGCUGAAGGCAGUGGUCGCUCUAUCCUUUUUUGUAAGGUGUAGGAAGAAUGCAUAAGACAGUUUUAUCAUUUUUUUUUUUUUUUUUUAAAUAACAUUUUUGGGUGGGGGUGACAGUUGCUUCCAGUGUCUUAGACCGCUUCAAGCAGUUAAUUCAGCUCCCGCUACACCCGGAGGCCACUUGAGAUGUCACCAUCAGGUGUCUUUGCAAAAUGUGAAGUGAGAGACCUGCCUUAAGAAAUGCUUUCUGAGAUAAUCACCAUACUGAAAGAAAAAACCGUGAUCCAGUAAAUUUAAAUUUUUUUUGUGUGUGCUUGGUUAUUGGAAAAAAAGCUAAUUUUCAUGUUGAUAUAAAUCUUGGGUUAUUAAAAGGCAGACACGAAGAGCGUUAAAAAUGUUGCCACCAGUUAACUGAACUAUAACGUAUAUACUCUCAGUAAACGGUGUGAAAAUGCAGGUGGCUCACUUGACUGUAGAACUAAAUAAAACACCCUGAAACCUACAGGACUGAGGCCCACUUGUAUUUGUGCUCCAAAUACAUCUUAAAUUACAGAUUUACUACAGUAUUUGUAUCUCUAUUACAGAGGCUGUCUAUUCUAUGGACCUCCUGGUACAGGUAAAACAUUGGUGGCCAGGGCCUUGGCAAAUGAGUGCAGCAUUGGAGACAAAAGAGUGUCUUUCUUUAUGAGAAAAGGUGCUGACUGCUUAAGUAAAUGGGUUGGUGAAUCAGAGAGACAGCUGAGGCUGCUAUUUGAUCAGGUAAUUUUUAUUUUAUUUUUUAACCUUCAUUGUAAACGGUAUUCUAGUUUGUGGGGGUGGAGUUGUUUCUUGUCCUUUUUGACUUAACUUUUAAUUUGCUUUUUUUCUAGGCAUAUCAGAUGCGUCCUUCAAUUAUUUUCUUUGAUGAAAUUGAUGGUUUGGCACCUGUUAGGUCAAGCAGACAAGAUCAGAUUCACAGGUAAAAAAAUUGCUUUAGGAUUUUCUUUUUAAAAUUUAAUUAUUGUAUAUUUUUUUUCCUAUAAAUUUUACAUUAAUUGUUUAAUAAUGGAUUGUCUAUUUUGUUCAGCUCCAUAGUUUCCACACUUCUGGCUCUAAUGGAUGGUUUGGAUAGUCGAGGGGAGAUUGUUGUGAUUGGUGCAACAAACAGGCUUGAUUCAAUUGAUCCUGCUUUAAGAAGGCCUGGGCGUUUUGACAGAGAAUUCUUGUUCUCGUUACCUGAUCGAGAUGUAAGUAUAUCUUGCUUAAAAAAAGUGUUUUGAUUCCCAAAUGGGGAAUUUUCUAAGUAAAAAUAGUCUAACUGGAAACAAAUUUCAGUUGUGCUUUAGUUCAGCUACUCUGGCCUUAUAUGUGAAAUUCACUUUGAAUUCUCACUUUACUGAAUAAUCUUGUAGUUAUUGUUUUUAUUAAGUUUACCAUUCAGAUUAGUUUCCUAUGUGACACUUUCACUGAAGAAAUAUAUAUUUCUUCAUAUAUAUAAUAUAUUGAUUCAUGAACAUGGUCAAAGCCCAUCCAGUUGAGGACAUCAGAAUAGAUGGAUACAGAGUUGUUGAUCGAUAUAGAUAGUAUAGUUUUAUUUCGUUAUCUGGAAUCAGAUCUGCUUCAGUUAUUUUAGAACAUGCAGCCUAUAACUGUAAUUAAUGAUGCCACAAUGAAUGAACCUUUUUUUGAACAAUCAUUUGUUUUUGUGUCCCCAGGCAAGAAUGGAGAUUCUUAAAAUACACACAAGAGAAUGGAAUCCAAAACCAUCAGAAAUCUUUUUAAAGGAACUGGCAGAAAAGUGUGUUGGUAAGCAUAUUCUUAACUCCAGCCACUCCUAUGAAUAAAGUACCGUUAUUCUAUUCACAAUAUGUAUGAAUACCUGUUAGCGUGAAGUGCAGCUGUUGGUUCUUUAUAAAAUUGGUAUAUUAAAUCAAUAACUGCAUGGCCAUUUCAUACCUCUUUGGCAAUUACUAGGCUUUUGCACUCCGAGCACCAAUAUGUGUUUUUUAUUUGUCUUCCAGCAGAUCAUGCACAUUUAGAAAAUAAUGUUAGACUGCUAAAAGUCCAAAUAUUUAAAGUGGCUUACAAUAUCAAGUACAGUUUUCUAUAGUGUGUGUGGGAGUCAUUAUUUAAAUUUUGAUGCUUUCACAUUUUGAUAUUUUUAGCAUCCCUAAAAAAAGCAAAACUCUUGUGGUUCUGUUCCAAAGUUUUUCAUUAAAAAACCAAACAGGACAAAUGUUUUAUUUUGUUACUUUGCACAAUCUUGUAAUUUAAAUGCAAGUAAAUAAAAUAUCUAAAAACUUAGCUAUUGCACAUAUUUUAAGCGAAAUAAAAUAGUUUUCAGUGGGUGAUGGAAGGUGCUGUGUGUGUGUGUGUGUGUAUAUAUAUAUGUAUAUAUAUUCCAACCCUUAUCCAAACUAUAUAGUUAAAAGGAAAAAAUAUAUAAAACAGAAAAUUAUUGCACCAAUAAUAAUUCUAUACAGACAUCAGAACAAGAGUGGGAAUGCUUUCAAGUCAGGGGUCUCCUGCUCAUAUCGGUAUUUUGAAAGUCAACAGUGCAAUUUUCCUACCCAUCAUUUUGUUACCUAUGCAAAUGGUAUUAUCAGGUACACAACUGUCUUGAAAUAACAUAAACAUGACUGUAAUUAUAAAAGAGAAGGUUGUGACAGGAGUGUGAAAUCCCACACUGGAAAGAGUGGUAACCCUUCCUUUCAUUCAUAUAUGAUUGAGGCUCUAAAUAAUACACCCUAGAUUUUAAGUGGUCAUCAUUAACUUGGUGAUUUACUUGUAAAUUUGAGGGACAUAGGACCCACAUUAAAAAGGAAAGUCUUUAAAGAUAAACAGAGGAGGAAAUUAGGGCUCUUGAAGAUACAUUUUCAUAACCAUUGUCACAGUUUUCCUGCCAUUGUGAUGUUAGUGGCAGUCUUUGUUAGCAGCAGUGCUUUGUUUAUUUUGAGCAUGUUUCCAUUUAUAGCAUGGGGCCUGCUUAAAAGUUAAAAAAAAAACAUUUGAAAUCAAUCCAUAAACAAACUAGCAUGUGUGUUUAAUAGGUUGUAAUGCACAUAUAUUGUAUGAUACAGGUCUUGCGUUUUAUUUUAUCUGUUACAGGGUACUGUGGGGCAGAUAUAAAGUCUGUGUGCGCCGAAGCUGCUCUCUGUGCUCUCCGUCGUCGCUAUCCCCAAAUCUAUGCAACAACUGAAAAACUACAGCUGGAUGUGACUUCCAUUAAAAUUACUGCUAGAGACUUUAUUGUAGCUAUGCAAAAGAUUGUCCCAGCAUCACAGAGAGCUGUGGUCUCCCCUGGGCAAGCUCUUUCACCAAUAAUCCAACCCCUUCUCCAGAACACACUUCAAAACAUUCUGGAAGAUCUAAAGAGGGUUUUCCCGCAUGCUGACAUGGGAUUCAAGAAAAGCAAUGAAUCUGGUAUAUAUUCUAUAUUUUAUAUCCUAUCUUUAACUAUGACUAGUAAAUAGCCAGUAUUAAUCUGUUGGCUGCUUAAGAGUAGUUGAAUAUAAACCCAGAACUGUCUACUGCUCUCAGAUUCAGAUUUUUGUCUUACUAGUGAAUUGUUUGAAUUUAGAUUUUUCCAGUCAACUGUUGGAGGAUGAGUUGAUGUAUAGUGAUGAUGAGGGGCCAUCUGUGUUUGAAAAUGGUCUGCUUCAAAAAUUACCCAACAAGCAGAAAGACGGCCACACCUUUCUUCAGCUGAAUAUGUAAGUACAAAUCGAAACUGUAUGUUUAUUUGGGUUAGUACUUCAGAUACUAAGGGCUAAAUGUUACUCGUUGCUUUCAUUAAUUGAUUAAAUAUCAUUAAUUGUAUAUAAUAUCCAGUUAUUUGAGUACCAGCAUUACAUUUCUAAAUUGGACAGUUUUUGUUUGCUAAAAUUAACUUUGACUGCAUCUCUGCUCGACCUUGUAACAUCUGCAGUUAAUGGGUUACAUGUCUUGAAACAACUGAAACAGAGGUUGCACGUAAGCAAAAUGUAGAACAUUAUGAUUAAAUUGCAAAUGUCAGUUGAAAUUGCUAGCUCAAAAUCGUUUUUUAGAAACAUGGUACUGUAUGGAAAACAAAUGUAUUGAUUUACAGUAUGUUUUUUGAUGGUUUACAAAAACACUAUGUGCUGGCACUCAAUUAUGCAAGGUGCAGGUAUUCGAGGUUUAACCCCACAACAACCUCCUAAUCUAAAUCAAAAACAAAUGUUUUUGCUCCGGAGAGGAACAGGGGCCAUCGAAGGGACAGGAACGUCCCGAGCGCGCAGCCCAUUUCAGCCCGUUUCUAGGAUUGCCUACUUCCAUGGAUCAUUGAAUGACCUGUCAUACUGACCAGAUUCUGCUAAAUGAUUGUCUUUCCACCAAAACUACAAGCAUUUUCACCCUCAUCCAUUAUACACCAUCUACAGACUACAUCAUCCUCCUACUGAGCAUACCUUAAAGCUAUCUUCUACAUUGGUGAGAUCUAUCCAUAGACUUAUGAAGCAUAUAGUGCACUAUAUUUUGGACUAUUAGACAACAGGACUGUAUGAUAUAUAAUUUUUUUCACUUUUUUCUCCUUUUUUUCUUUUUUCUCUUUUCUUUUCAAUUUUUUUUAUUUUUUACUAUUUUUUUUAUUACUAUUUUUUUUGAAUUUUUUUUGGGAUCAUCUUCUUCAUUCAUUUUUUUGGAUCAUUACCCAUUGUAAAUAGAUACAUAACUCAUGAAAUUUAACAUAGGGAGGAUUUGGUGUGUGUAUAUAUGUAAAUAUUCUAUGUACAUAGGAUUGAAAUGUAUUCUACUAUGAUUGAACUUAUGAAUUAUAAUUGUAAUAAAUAGCUUUGCAAUUAAAUAUAAGAUUAUACUUUACUGGAAUUGUUUUGAGUGCGGUAUUCAUAUUUGUUUUUGUUUUUGAUGGUUUAUUCAGUAUUGAAAAAUUUUAGAUUUUGCAUGUAUUUAAAUGCAAUUUAUAGUAUUUUUUUUUAUUUAUUUUGCAGGAAUGCAAACCGACAACCAACCUCUUUUAGACCUAGACUCCUGAUUGCUGGGAAACCUGGGCUUGGUCAAGGAUCACAUUUAGCUCCAGCAGUUAUCCAUGCAUUAGAAAAGCUUACAGUCUACACAUUGGACCUGGCUGUUCUUUUUGGUGUUAGCGUAACAUCCCCUGAAGAAACAUGCGCACAGGUAAGAUGCUAUAUAGAAUUUUUCUGUUUUUGUUUUUUUUCUUUUUAAAUAUAAUUGUAAUGGUUUGGCUUUUUUUUUUUUUUUUUUUCAGCUCUUUCGUGAAGCUAAAAGAACAUCACCAAGCAUUUUGUAUAUUCCACACAUUCAUUUGUGGUGGGAGACAGUUGGCUACACUUUGAAGGCAACCUUUAUCACUUUGCUUCAAAAUAUUCCAUCAUUCUCUCCAAUCCUCCUCCUAGCCACAUGUGAUGUGAAUUAUUGUGAUUUGCCACCUGAGGUAUAGUAUUAUGAACCAGCCUUCACACUUAUCUUGCAAAACUUAUAAAUAAAGCACUGUUUACUGUGUGAUCUAUUACAUUUAUUUACUUGCCAGUUAUGUUGGGAUAUUUUCUUCUUUCUAGUCCUAUUUCAGAAUGUUUAACCGGUGUGUUUUUUUUUUUUUUUGGUCAAUCUUUCUUUUAUUGUGGCAUUUAAAGCAUGGUGUACAGAAGAGAGAAAGGAGUUGUUGCAAGAUAAUACAAAGUACAGUAUUUUCUGGCGUAUAAGAUGACUUUUUAACCCUAGAAAAUCUUCUCCAAAGUCGGGGGUCGUCUUAUACGCCAGGUAUAGGGUCUAUAUAGCUGCCGGGGGCGCCCUCAUCGCCGGCCCUUCUAAUGCUGCAGCCGCCUGAGCGCUCUAUAGAGCGCUCAGAUGGCUGCCGCACUGCCUCUCUUCUCACCUCCCCUUCCCUGUGCAGAGUGGGUGGCCGAGCUCCUCUUCGUCCUGUCAGUCCGGUGCUCACUUCCUUUCAGUCCGGCCAGGAACAGGUUAACUGAAACUCCUGUACCGCGCGGUACCCGGCCGGACUGACAGGACGAAGAAGCUCGGCCACUCACUCUGCACAAGGAAGGGGAGGUGAGAAGAACGUAAGGAGGAUUGGGGGGGGGAGUAAAAAGAAUGGAGGGGGGGAGUAAAAAGAAUAUAUCGCAAUUAGCCUCCUGUGUGCUAGACCAGCAGGCAUGGAUUAUAUGCCCAAACAGCCUGGCACAUACCUGGGCUUUAAAUGCUAUUUCAGAUUAUCAUUAUUUAAUGUCUUGCUGUGUAGCUCUGUCUGCUCACUGUACAUCAUGGCUAAUUUUUAUUUGGUGUGCAUUGGAAGAGGGGUAGUCUUAUACGGCGAGUAUAUCCCAAACUCUAUAUUUUAACUGGAAAAGUUGGGGGUCGUCUUAUACGCCCAGUCGAUUUAUACGCCGGAAAAUACGGUAUAUGAUUUCAGUGUGCUUUGCAGACACUCCUAAGAAAGACUGCCAUUUUUUUAAUAAUUAAACAUUAUCAUACAGUCUAGGUUCAACUGUAGCGUAAGAGUAUUGACAGAUUACUUAAGUUGCACUUGUUUGAACCUUACAACUAUUUACAUGCUAGCUAGAUCAUUGCAACAUUCGCUCAUGUGGUAGUUAUGUGCUUGUACGUUAAGCUUAUCUCGGCUGGUCUAGCAGUGUAGUGUCUGAGGUCGGGAGCCAAUGUUCAGCCGAUGCUCCUGCUGGGUAAGGCGGCCCCCCCAUUCAAGAUAGUCCACAGCGGGCAUUUGGCGGUUAUCUGCCGGCCCAAUGUCAUUGUGAGAAUCUUGGGAGGUGUGCUCUUGUGGCUCUCUGUUCCAGUGAGUUAGGUUUUGCUGCUUUUUGGCGUGCCUCCACCUCUGCCCAGAAGCGGUUAAAGACUUCAUCCAGCUUCCUUAGUGAUUUGUGUCUGGCUCAGAAGUUCUGGCUUGGAGUGCUGGGAGUUUUUGUCGAAAUGAAGUUCGCUUGGUGUCAGGUACAGGGCUUUGUUGCACGCUUGGGAGGGCACUAGGUCGCGCAGAGCGGGGGAUUGGCCAUCUCACUCCUGUCGGACACUCCGUGCACCCGCGGGCUGCAGACUUGAGGCACCUCGGCUGGCUUCUGGGGUAAGUCUAUUUAGGUUUCUGUGGAUCUUGGCUGGCUCGAGUACUCUUAUUUCAGUCGAUUAGCAGGUCGAGCUCGGAGCUUACACAAUGCAUGUCCAGCCGCCAUGAAGCUCAGGCCCUGCCCCCCGGUGUGGGGUUUUUUUUUCCCCUCUGGUCAGUCAGAUAUUUAGAAUUGUCAAUUUGCCUUCCUCAUGUCUGAUUUUUUUUUUUUUUUUUUUUUAGCUUCAAGAACUAUUUUCGGAUGAUUAUGGCGAAGUGUUUCACGUUCAGUUGCCAGACAAAGCGACAAGAAGAGCAUUCUUUGAGGAUCUUAUUUUGAACCAGGCAGCUAAACCUCCAGCUUCUAUAAAGAAAGCAGGUUAGUAAAGUAGGGUUGCAUCUGUCUUAAAACACAUACCAAAACUAGUAAAGGCUUCUCAAAUUCUAUGUCCAUGUUCCUUAUGUCUAGUUGUACAAGCCCUUGAGGUUUUACCGGUUGCCCCUGCUCCUGAGCCCCGUCCUCUGACUGCUGAAGAGCUGAAACGAUUGGAGGAACAGGAGGAAGACACCCUUCGUGAACUGAGACUCUUCUUGAGGGAUGUUGCACACAGACUUGCUAUUGACAAGCGCUUCAGAGCAUUUACAAAGCCUGUGGACCGUGAAGAGGUAAUUUGUUGCAUUUAAAAAAAUUCAAGUAUUAAAAUACUAGAAGAAUAAAACAUGUAUUGUUUACAUUAAGUGAUGGUGAAUCAUGGCAAGAUAUGAAAAACACACAAUUAACCAAUUCUAUAAAAUUAGAGGCAAUCUAGGAACAAGAACCCACUGCAGCUUAAUUCUGGGGCAAAGAGGCUGUCUCUGCUGUCUCUGCAGUGCAAUUGCUGCCAUUUAGAAGAAAAUGCAGUAGUUACUCGCUCUAGUUGCUGUCACUCUGUCAGCUAUUAGAGCGUUUCCCUGAAUGAUCUUCUAAUAUCGCAAGACCGAUGUUUGGCAUUUCCACGCUGUGCAUAGAGAUGCUGAAUGCUCCCUGUAAAGAUGCAUUGAGCGAAUGCGUCUCAGAAAAUGCUGGUUGCUGUGGUGAUUGUGAAACAUGCGCAUUAGCCUCCAAUGCUGCGUUGUUGGGAAGAAUUGGUUUCACUGAUAUCGUUCGUGUUCUCAGUCAGCAAGAGAGAGGCGGUCAUGAAAGACCUGCAUGCCAGGGGAUAUAAAAUGAGUAAAUAGAUUUAUUUUGCUCCCAUAAUGCAAUUAAUGUAGUUAAUUAGUAUAACACUCUAGUGUUUGUAUUCCUAACUGUGACGAAGUGCCCUUCGCCACUUGGUCCUGGAGAGGCCUACUUGCCAGCCUCCUCCCCUGUGACUAUGACUCUUUCAUGUAUCUGGCUUUAAAGCCCCUAGUCUACCUUCAGACAGACUAUUUAUGUAGGUUGCUUUGUUUCUCUUAUGUUUUAGUCACCUUGUACCCAUUAUAGGUGCAGGGUGUGUGUAAUGUAAUUGUUUAUAGUGUGUGUGUGUACUGUGUAAUGUAUUGCCUGCUCUCUUGUAUUGCUGAAGUUUGCUACCAACUAGGUGGGUUUGGCUAUGGAGCUUGUCUAGUGCCCUCUGUUGGUAGCAACAGCAAUAUGCACUACCUGAAUUGCAAGACUGGUUUAUUUGCAUAUUCGGGUAGAUUUGCAUAUUGCUAAUUCUGCAGGCAGGUGAGAUAUUUAAUGUUAAAUAUUGUCUCCCCCCACCCCUUUAAAAAUGUGCCAUUGUGUUGUGAUAAGUCACUGUGUGUUUCUUGAUAUGGUUUGACUGUUUGUGAUUUUAUUGAGGUUUCACAACAAUGUUAUUGUGGUGACUGUAUUGGCUGGUCCCAAGGGAAUAAAGGUUUUGACAGUUCUUCUUGAUCCCUCUAAACGUAGCCUUGUCUCGUUAUUGGAGGGAGCUGUUAUAAUCACACUGGGGAUUGCUAUGCUCUGCAUGCUCCCCUGAGCUUGAGUCACUUAGCUCUUUUAAGAGCUUGUUCCUGUUACGCUCUCCUGGAGGAGAGGUCUUCCCCACACGGUCCUUGAGGACAGAAGCUGAUCCAGGGUGGAAGGAAGACGGCGAGACUCCAGUUAAGCUACGGCGGUUGUGGAGUCUCUCGUGGUUGUGGUGGUUAAGCUACGGCGGUUGUGGAGUCUCUCGUGGUUGUGGUGUCGGCUGCAGUGUUUGGAGUCCUCAGGAAGCGCUAGGAGCAUCCAUCAACGGAGGGUACUCGGUCGGAGUACAGGGAGCUCCGUUACACUAACGUUUGUGUUCAUUUACUUAAGGUGUAAUGUAAACUGUAAGAAACUAAAAUAAGCCUUGGGAACAGACUUGAGUGUAGUUAAUUGAUUGACUUGGAGAUAAAAUAUAUUUAAUUUAUCUAUUUUUGAGUAUAUAUUGAGAACUUACCGUUACACUUUUUUUUAAAUAGGUUCCUGAUUAUGAAACAGUUAUCGCACAACCAAUGGAUCUCUCCACAAUUAUAAGCAAAAUUGAUUUGCACAAAUAUAAUACUGUGAAAGAAUACUUAAAAGAUGUCGACCUUAUAUGUAGCAAUGCACUGGAAUAUAAUCCAGAUAAGGAUCCUAGCGGUAAGUAUCUCCAAAACAUGGGGCGUAUUCUGGAAAUUGUACUGCUUUAAGUAUUUUAUUGUAUUUGGUCAUGAGUGUACACCGAACCUUUUAGGUUAAUAUUUGAGGUGAGGGGCGGGUUUAUAUAUUAGGUGUGUAUUCUUGCUACGACUGAGGUGGGUUUGCCAGGGGAAGCCCUUUAUAGGGUAAUGGGAAGGGACUUUUCUUAAUCACCUAUCUUGCAGAUGCUUGUCACAAUUAGGAAGCACAACCCAUACGUGCUGCCACCAUAUUAAGAAAAAAUAUAAUUUACAUCGAGUAAAAAUUUCUGUUUUUGUAAAUAUCAGAGGUAGAGUAAUGUUUUUGUCUGUUUUCAGAUCGUUUAAUUCGCCACAGGGCUUGUACUCUCAAAGAUACAACAUAUGCAAUUAUAAAAGAAGAGCUGGAUGAAGAGUUUGAGAAGCUGUGUGAAGAAAUUCAGGAAUCUCGCAAGAAGAGAGGUAUGUUCUUUUACAUGUAGAAUUUGUGCUUUGUUUAAAGGAACACUAUAGUCACCUAAAUUACUUUAGCUAAACAAAGCAAUUUUAGUGUAUAGAUCAUUCCCCUGCAAUUUCACUGCUCAAUUCACUGCCAUUUAGGAGUUAAAUCACUUUUGUUUCUGUUUAUGCAGCUCUAGCCACACCUCCCCUGACUAUGAUUGACAGAGCCUGCAUGGAAAAAAAAAACUGGUUUCACUUUCAAACAGAUGUAAUUUACCUUAAAUAAUUGUAUCUCAAUCUCUAAAUUGAACUUUAAUCACAUACAGGAGGCUCUUGCAGGGUCUAGCAAGCUAUUAACAUAGCAGGGGAUAAGAAAAUCUUAAUUAAACAGAACAGAACUUGCAAUAAAGAAAGCAUAAAUAGGGCUCUCUGUAAAGGAAGUGUUUAUGGAAGGCUGUGCAAGUCACAUGCAGGGAGGUGUGACUAGGGUUCAUAAACAAAGGGAUUUAACUCCUAAAUGGCAGAGGAUUGAGCAGUGAGGCUGCAGGGGCAUGUUCUAUACACUAAAACUGCUUCAUUAAGCUAAAGUUGUUCAGGUGACUAUAGUGUCCCUUUAAUAAAACAAAAGGAAUUUUUAUUUUUAUUUUUCUUUAUGGUACAAUAUGCAAAAAUGUUCUAAUGGACCCUUAUAAUGAAACCGUUUGGGUUUGUUUUAGUGUUAUGUUUUUUCUUGUCCUUCAUUUCUGUGUGCAACAACCAUUUCAUAAGAAGUUUCUUGGUUUUAUUUAACCUUAUGAAUAUUUGGAAUACUUAGUGACCAGUAAUCUAAAUUGUAUGUAAAUAUAUAUACAGGUAUUUGACAUAUAGUCUCUCUCUUAAGGUGUUUUGGCUUCAAAGUACGCUCCAUCUUAUUAUCAUGUGCUCCCAAAGCAAAACAAUGCUCAAGAUGGGAAGAAAACUGAAAUGCAUCAAUCUGAGAGACCCGAGGUGUUUCCAGUGGCAGCGAGUACACCAAGCGCAGGUAUGUAGCCAUAAUACGGAAAUUAGAAGAACCCAUGUUCCAAAAUUUUUAUUUUAUUUUUUUGAGUAAAAUCACCAUUUCAUUCACUGGAAAAGCAAUUUGUGUAAUUACCGGUAUGAUUAGCAUUUCAAUUUCUGCUUGGUGGAGAUCUGCCUUUGCUUUUAAGUAAUCCCUACUGGUUGACCAGUAGAGUGUGGAGCACCAGACUUUGGAACUUCUUUUGUUUGCUAUGUUUUUCCAUUAAGACUGGGUGGGUGGGGUACCACAGUAUAGUGGACCAAAUAUGUUUAAGAAAGCCACAAUAGAAUAGAUAUAGGAUAUCCUCUAGAGUUUAGACUGUAAGAUUGUUGGAGUUGGGUCCUCCUCUACCUAUUGUUCCUGUAACAUUUUGUAAUUAUCUCAUUUAUUGUUAAAUUUCCUCCUUUUGUAAUAUUAUAAAGUACUGCAGAAUAAAUACUUGAUUUGAUAAGUUGCUAUAUAAAUACCAAUAAUAUAUGGAGACACUUGUAUUUUAGAAUUAAUUUGCUUGAGGGAACAAGGGGCAGCUUUGUAAUGUCUGGUUGUGCUGUAUCACGAUUAACCCCUUAAGGACACAUGACAUGUCAUGAUUCCCUUUUAUUGCAGACGUUUGGUCCUUAAGGGGUUAAAUUAUUUUCAGAUUAGGGUAGUUUAGUGUGGGGUUUUUGUUGUUGAGGCUUGUGUAAGCAUGUUCCUUUUGGAUCAGUGUACAUUAUUUUUCUGUGUUCCCUCUAUAUGGCACUGCAGAAUAUGCUAGCACUAUAUAAACACAAAGUAAUAAUCUUGUUCUCAACAGGUGUAUGACAUUUGUUACAUGGCAGAUACAUAUGAAGAGUGUAACAAGACAUUUAAUCAUCCAGCCUAUUUGCUUAAAGGAUAGCAGUCUUGCUUAUGUACACUCACUUGAAAUUAAUUCCUAAUGCAAUUUAACUAUACAUCGUUCUAACGAAAUCUACAUAGGUACAUGUUGCUCAAUAAUUUUUUUUAAAUCGCUCCGUCGUCUGUCCGCUAGAAAGUUAGCCCACUCUGCUUCAUUAUAUUGAAGCAAGCAUGCCCUUUUUCAAUGACUUGGCAAUGUAGGGGUUAUAACAAAAAAAAAAAAAAAUUAUUGUCCCCUCUUGAUAAUCUUCAAGGAAGGGUGAAAAGUUCCCUGGUAGUCCAGUAUCAGUCCUGGCUGGUGCAUACCCUGUGUAGGUAGACGAUGUACAGCUCCCUGCUAUGUAUCCGCGCCUUGUCACAGGCUACCACAGCAACAUUUUAAUGCAUUGCAGGAAGUGAUACACCAUUGACUGCCUUAACAGGAUUCCAUGCUCCGAAUUUAUAGCCUUCAAGAGUUCCUCAACAAGCUAAUGUUUUAUUUAAAAUAGUUAAUCUACAUUUGGUAACCAGAAAUGGUACCUCACACUAAUACAGUCCUCUUCUCCCUCCCCACCCGCUUUAUUUUCUUUUUUUGAAAAUGAAAUUAAUCAGUUGGAUAAAUUCAUAUUGAUAAUUCUCUCCCCACUUAUAGCCAACACAAAGAAAAAAAUUAGGAGGAAAAACCGUUGGAAGACUGGUAACCUAGCUAAGAAAAAGAAAUUGACACAAGCCUCAAAGGAUGAAACGGUUGAUGAAGGUGAAAGUGAUGCUAACCAUGAGAAUCCUGACUUCAGUUUAGACAAUACAGAAACUGAACUUCUCGAUGAAUCCUCUAUGGAAGCAGAAAAUCUCAAUUCUACUGCAGACAGCUCUCUCGCUGCUAAAGAUAGCUCAGCAAAAGAAAUGUCAAGAUCACCAAAUACUGAGCCCAUAGUCUCUGAAGUCCAUUGUUCUCCUACAAAAGAAAAUGGUGAUCACAGCGAGCCUAGUGGUAUGUACCUAAAUGUUUCUAAUUAGAAAUGCUUUUAUUUAUCAAUUGAAUGUAAGGGUACAGAUUUAUUCAUUUUUGUUAUCAAACCAUUCAGCAGUUGUGCUUUCGAGUAUUGAAUGCCCUCAUUAAAUACGGACAGUGUUAAAGGUACACUCUAAGCACCAAAACUAUUUUAGCUUUAUGAAACCGUUUUAGUGCAUAGAUAAUCACCCACAGCCACACUGCUCAAUUCUCUGCCAUUUAGGAGUUAAUUUAUAAUUCUUUUUGUUUACACCUCCCCUGGCUGUGACUCUCAACAUACAUUUUUAUUUAUUUUUUAAUUUAAAUUUCAGGAAGUGUGUAGGGAGGCUGUAUGACCCCCCAGCUAGGGGUGCAUAAACAAAGUGAUUCCAAUUCUAAAUUGCAGAGAAUCAAGCAAUGAGACGUCAAAGGCAUGAUCUGUACACCAAAACUGCUUCAUUAAGCUGAUGGUGUUUUUGGUGACUAGUGUGCUUAUAAAUUUAGAAUAAAUCUUAUUUUAUCAUUUAUUUUUUUCCAUUUAGGUUUUUGUGUUAGACGCAUGACUCGUGGCAGGCAAAUGCAAGUAGAACAGCAGCACUUAAUAAAUGUGGACAAAGCCAUGGACAUUCUAUCACAACCAACUCCCACAUUUUAUGUGGAUGAGUCCAAACUUCAGGUGAGGUUUUUAAUAAAAAUGCAAGUUGAAAAAUUCCCCUAUUGACAUCUUAUCUACUGUGUUGAACUGAAUUUGGCACUGCUGUUACAUAGUCACAAGGAUAACCUUGUUAUUGCAGAGGUUUGUGAACUGAACCAACCAAAUUUUGCCUUUGCACUGCAUAUUGAUUCACCAAAACAGUUAUUUUGUGGGUUUUUAAAUGUGUUCUAAAAUAUUUGCUGAUCUUUAUGAUGCACUUUACAAACACCAUACAAAUGUAAAUAUGUUGCAUUCAUUAUGGUACAAAAAGGCCUCCUGUCACGGUCUAUUAACACUUGCUUAUAUUUGCAGUGAUUUAAAAAAUUAAAUUAGCCUUUUAACCUUUCAUCCAGGAUUGAAGCUGUACUUUUCUUCCACACAUGCAAAAUAUUUGUCCAGCCUCAGUUCCUGAGUCUCUAUUUGGAGACUGUUCCUCUUGUGCACUCAUGUCUGUUUUUUAUAUAGCUCAUUAAACAAUAGGGAAUGACUUUAAGUGUCCCUUUAACCAUUGCUUUUGCAAUUUUCUUAGUACUUAAUUCCUCUUGUUAACAUUUUCAGAAACUUUUGUAUAAAGUUGUACAGAAAACGAAUGGAUAUAAUGUCUUCCAUCUGGAAAAACUGUAUGCCUUAAUCAGCCAGUGCAUUUACCGGCAUCGCAAAGACUAUGACAAAACCCAGUUACUAAAGGUAAUUCUAUAUAUAUUAAGUUUAACCUUCUUUUAUUUAUAGUCAUUGCCUAAAUUUUCAAUAAUUGUCAAUAACUGCCCAAUUUUACCAGAAAUGUAUUCGACACAGAAAUUUGGAUAUAUAUAUGUUUUGGCAUUUUACAGAUAGGUUAUUCAAUUUGAUUUUAUGCAAACCUUUUUUUUUUUUUCAAUAUUCUACAGGUGGGUUCUACUAUUUUCCUUUAUUCAAUACAUUUUCUGAGUUGUUAAAAUAGACUUUCUCUGUGCGAUGGGGGCUAUGUAGAUUGUGCAUGUCGAAUAAAAUGUUAAUGGAUUUGUAGUAAUUUAUAUCCUGCCCAGAGUCAAAUUUUGUUCUGCAGCCAUAUCUUUACGGAUCUUUUAGUGUGCUGCAGGUAUUUCACAAGCCUGGUAGUUUCCAUGUGGUGAGAGUUCUUAGGUUGAAUACAGAAGACUAUAUAGCUUCUUUCUAAACAAGCCCUGCAGCUAUUAAGUACAUGGUGUCAAAUGAUCACUUGACAGUUGUAUUAUAAAGUAUAGAAUAUAUUUGGAUGACAGAUUUGUUUUAAAUUGGCACUGUGCAGCUCAUUGUAGUAGCUGUGGUGCAAAGAAUCUUUGGCACUGCCCUAGUUUGUGUCACUCAUUUUGAACAAUGUGGCAGAAACGAGUCACACAAGAACUCAUCCAAGUUGGUCAAGCUGAUGUACAAUUUAACUUCCGCAUUAGCCAAACCACAGGGAGCACUACCUUUUUUGUGAAACCACUUUAGUCUUUGCCCCAUAAAUACUACAAUGAAAUAAAACGGGGUAUAUUUUAUUUUUUUAGUAUGAAACUAGUAAACUGUAAAAUUAAAUGGUGUAAUGUUCAUUGACAGGUUGUAAUUCUCUUGUCCAUAAAACUGAUGCGUUUUAUUUUUUGUCUUGUUUCAGGAAAUGGAAGAUGAAAUUGAAAACUUCAGAAUUUGAAAUUGAUGGACUUGUAUUUGGUUUUCAUAAAUUGUCUUAAGAGUGCUUUUAAAUAAUAUAUCUAAAUCCUUACAUGUACAUACUUACUAUGACAAGGAUUAUUGAACUCUGCAAAGGUUUUCCUAUAACAAAUAGCUAUUUGUACAUUUAAUACAUGUAAUGCUGUGUUCCGUAAUUCAGCGUUGUUCAUAAUUAAUCCAGAAAUUGUUGUAGAUAUUUUAAAAUGCACCUAUUAAGAAGACCUGGUGCCAUAUUUUAUGGAAUAACAUUUUUUUAUCCUGUGCUAGAUGAUUUAGUAUCAAGCAUAGGGACUUAUUCACUAAACAUCAUAUUGUGCAUUGAAAUCAAAUGGCAAACAUCCUGGCUGAAAUAGCUGAUUUGGAAAAAUUAUUGAACAGUUACUCAAAUGUUACAACUCUGUUUUCAGUUGCAACUGAAAAGUGAGUAAAUUAAAUGUAAAGCCUAAUUCUUUUUUCUGUUAACUAAACCCUUUUCCAUUUUGUAUCACAAUGUCUGCGGAGUCGUGAAAUGUGAAAGAUAUUGUAUAGGUGCAUGUCUAGCUGUUCCCAAAGACAGCAUGUAGCAUCCCACAAUAGAUUAAAGGGACAUUGUAGGCACUGCAACUGCAUCAUCUGACUGACUUUGUUAUACGGUCUGGAGUCCUCUGGCACUAUUACCAAUUCAGUGAGAUAAAAUGGCUAUAGUGCUUAGUGACCCUUUCGGCAUUGUAGGAUCCUCUGUGCUGUAGCUGGACAGAGAUUUGAAUCAGAUAUCUUAAAUUGGAAAAAACAAUUCCUUUUCACAUAAAGGUAAACUGGAAUAGCAAUUGGUUUAUGGUUGAACUCAGGAAAGUUUAAUUCAGAGGAUAAUUAUCACAACAUGGUGUUAUUUCCUAUAUAUGGCACAAGACCUGCCCCCUCCCCCCAUCUUCUUUUUGCCGGGCUUGUGGACUUUAUACAUUUUUACUGAGGAUUUUGCGAGCACACUGUAUGGAUUACACGUGUCGUAACUACUUAUAAGUGAACUCAUCAUUCAAACCUUGUGAAUGAGUCGUUCAUUUAAAAGUUGUUUUGCUUCCAUGUUUUUAUUGCUUUUGAGAAUUAUUGGAAAGCAGCGGUGUUUACAUUGUUCUGUUACAUGUGUGCAUUAAAAUCUGCAUGAUCUCAGUGUAUGUGGCUACAGUAGACUGUGCUUAUAUUGUAAUUACAGCAAUUGAUGUACAGAUGUUAAAAUAAAAUAAACUUUACAAGUCUUUCAUGAUAUUGAAUAUAUCAAUAUUUGAUGUAAUUGGGCUAGACACUAAUGAAAGAGUACUACACAUGGAUGUUCUGAAUCAGAUCCUCCUAUCCACUUUGUUGUUACAGAUUUUAUGUAAUCUUCCAUAUGAACUUGUUAUAUUUUUUCUUAGAAUAAAGAUAAAUAUAUUUAGUCACUUAAACCUAUAUUCUGACAUUUGGGCAGCUAUUGGGUAGUUGUGUGAUUAUCUGAGUGUCCUACUGGUCUUCUGUGGAGUAAUUUUUGCUAUAAACCAGGGGUGCUCAAAAAGGUCCCUAGAUGUUGUAGAACUACAACUCCCAUGAUGUUUUGCAUGCCUUUAGAAUGAUAAAGCAUUAUGAAAGCUGUAGUUUUAAACCAUCUGGAGAUCUACCUUUUGGGCUCUCUUUGGGGCUAGUAGUGUAAGUCACCAAUUUACUGUAGUUUGCAUGGUUAUCUUGUGUAAAAUGUAGUUAACAUCUCAGCGACUACAUAGUUUGGAUUAACCACUGUUUGGGUAUUUCUAUAUUGUGCUGAUCCAAAAAUGUAAUUUCACCAUAGUGAUUUUGCAUUUCUCCUUUAUCAAGUGACUUGGUUUUAAUUUGGGCCUUACAAUCAAUCAAUCUAAAAGACUGGAUGCUGAAAUUAGGCCAUUUUAUUUCUUGAGGUGAAAAUGACUGAAGUCUUUCUGAACCUGUGACCCUUGUGCUUUUGAACAAGCUCAGUAGUUAGAGGAACUACAAACUGAGCUAUCUCAACUGAUCUGUGGAGUAAGUAAUUGCAAAUAGUUAAAAAGCUGAUUAAGGAAAAACAAAUCUCCGCUAUAUUUUUUUUAACUUCACUAUUUUGUCCUUUAGAUUGCCUUUUUUUCUCUCCAUUAGCUGAAAAAUCUGUCACCUUGGCAACAAAGAAAUAGGAUCUGGGACUGAGAAGAUGUCACCCUGUAGGUUAAUGGAGACCACGUGUUUUCACUUGCCUGGCCAAUAUGCAUUGCAAGCUCAAUCUACCCAAGUUCCAGAAUGUAGCCAAAAUCUAAAUUAUUGUUGGAUUUUAUUUUGCAGCACUUCACAAUUUUAAAAGGGGAAUUUAAUGGCAAAUGAGACAAGCUAUUGCAAAUGUUGAGAGCAACAAAAAGUUAAUGAGGCUCUUGCUCAUAUUGAAUGCUAGUUGUGCUUAAAAUCUACUGAGGCAAUAGGUCCCCAAAAAAGAGACAAAUCUUUGCCUUGCAUGUUUUGGACCACCAGGUGCUUACUUGUAGGCAAAACCAGCCCCCAAAGACUGGAAGGAAGCACACUGUAUCCUCAUGUUGUGAUUACAUUGUAUCACUGUCUCCAGUGUUAACUUAGUAUGCAAUACACUGAGUACAAGAGAAUCCCAGAAGAUUAUAUCCAUGUGUGCCAAACACAACAAUCCUCUUCAACUCUGGGAACACUGUGCUGCCUAUUUGUAUAAAUUAUAUUUUAUGAUUUUUUUGUUUUUUUAAAUCAUUGGGAAUUUUUUUUUUUUUCUCUCAUCUUUAGGCAGUGAUCCUCUUGGAGAUGCAAGAGGCUUAUCUGCUGCUUCUAUUCUGAGGGAGAUGUAUACUUUCAGAUUAUGUGAGGGGAGUAUAGUUUUAACCUUCUUUUAAAUCUCGUCUCCAACAUUCACCAUUGUCAUGUUUCAAAAUCUGACUGAAUAUUAUGGCAAUACUAUAUUGGAUAUUACCACUAGGGUGCUGCUCUACUAUAGGUAUAGAUAUGUCAUUAUAUUAAGAUUAUUUUUCCAUUGAAUCUUUGACAAAAACAGUGCCUCUGAGAAUGUAUUACCAUUCUGUUGAACACCUGUGAAAUCAGAAGAAGUAGGGGCCUACCUUGCCUCAUAUACACAUUGAAGGGUAGCAUUGUUAUGGGCAUGUGCAUAUAUAACAAGUUUUAGAAUGAAAAGUUGUAUUUCUUAAACUGUGUACUUUGUCUUUAAGAGAUUUUGCAAACUGACAAGUUGUAAUAAAUGACCUCUUACCCAUAUUCAUUGAAUAUGGUGUUCAGACUUUAGGAUGCCAUCUUGUCCUAGGUUAGUGUAAUUGCCAGGGAAUUUUCCCAUGUCAUGUGCACCCUUACUUUUUAGCCUUCACGUAGAUGCUGUUCCCAUGUUAAAAAAAAAAAAAGCCAAGUAAUGGCCUUGUAUCUUUGCCAAGUUAAGGUAGGUCCUAAAAUGACUUAAUUGAACAUCUAUGGUAUAAAUGUGUACUUAUUAAUAUUAGGACAUAGACGAGAGAUUUUGGAGAGGGACGUUGCUCCAUUUUAUCAUGAUUGAGAUGUUCUUAUUCAGGAGGGUGUUAUUCUAUUUUACUGUUAUUGCAAGCAUAUACUUUAAUCUUAUAAACUGAUAUAUUGUAAUGUAUUACGUUUUUAUGUCUAUAUAUUUCUAUUUAAUAAAAAUAAUUUUAAAAUAAAA